CCCCCCAGAGUAUGUUGAACAUCAAACCGGAAGUGACCGAAGAGACGGAGGAACAGAAGGAGGAGAAACACCAGACUUUUGUAGAUAAACACAAGAAAGAGAUCAAACACUUUGGGAUGCUUCGGCGUUGGGAGGACAGUCAGAAGUACCUGUCUGACCACCCUUACCUGGUGUGUGAAGAGACGGCUAACUUCCUGGUCAUCAUGUGUAUCGACCUGGAGGUGGAGGAGAAACAUGGUUUGAUGGAUCAGGUAGCCCAUCAGACCAUAGUGAUGUAA